AUGGCAGCUGUGAUGCAACCUUCCACUCAUCGUCCUCCAUCUAUGGACCGAGCACCAUCAUUUGAUCAACCAAGAUCACGUUCCACUCCACCUUUCACGUCCCCAUACGAUUCAUCUGCCCCUCAUGUACGAACCAACUCAACAUCCUCAUCAUCCAACGCUUCUCCCUAUAAUCAACCUUUCACAGGUGUAUCGUCGGCAGGAGGUUCAUCAUAUUUCCCUCCGAAUCAUCAUCAUCAACAACAAAUGUACAACGUUGGUCUAGGUGUCCAACAACAAUCCUGGACCUCAAAUCCCGUUCCAGCGACUGCUUUCUACAAUCCUCCUUUCAAUUCUUUUCCAAAUCCCAAUCAGCAACCACAACACAUCUUCCACAAUCACAAUCAAAAUCAAAGCCAUCAACAAUUCCAGCAGUCGCAAGCGGAUUUCGCAGCUUGGGCAAACGCUUAUCAACACAUGGUAAUGGCUUCCGUUCAGAAUAGCUCUCAUCAAGGAUCAACAGGUGGUCAAACUCCUCCCGUCACAACGGAUCAUUCAAAUCACGAUGCAAGAAGACGAACAAGCUCCGGUCCAGGUGGUCAACAUUUUACGAAUGGUAAAGGUAAUGCAGGUUACUUUGAUAGUCAAUCUCAACCAAGACAGUCAUCCGUACAACCGCAACAGCAACAAGACUAUUCGAAUGUCACUACAUCAUCAGUCCAAGCACCUCCUAAAGCUCAGCAACAGCAACAACAGCAGUCCUAUCAUCCAUAUAAGCGGGGUCCAUCGAACAAGCCAUCCAGAGAACAACUUCCUAGAUCCACCUCGAUGCCUUCAGGUUUACAAGAACCUGUAACGGCUAUCCCUCGCUCUUCUUCAGGAUCUAUUCCUCAAGAACAACCGAGAACUCAACCUAGCCAGGCACCUCGUGCUCAACCUGCCUCCAUACCCGUUGAAAAACAACGAGAAGCUCACGUUCCGCCUAUAGAAGCGAUUGUACCUCCACCCAAAAUUGGCGAUCAUUCUCGAACCAACUCAUCUGGCAGUGAGCGUUCCGGUGCUCGAGAAAUUCCUGUUUCUGCUCCCCGUACGUCUUCUCCAGCACCUCCAAGAGCGACUGCUAUUCCCUCCAGAGCGUCCACGCCUCUCCAUCCUGGACCUAUAACCAAUGCAACCAAUACUCCUAUGGGCUCUCGGUCUUCACCCCUCUCACAACCUGCUUCCACUCCCGAGCCUACCGACAAGAUGGUUAAAACUGGAGGAUUGAAGGGCAGACUACGCAAAGCUCUUGAUAAAGAUUCGAAGAAGGAGCAAAGGUUUGCGCCUCCACCUGCUCCUGCGCCCGUGCCCGUUAGUAAACAAUCCCUACCACCUAAGCAUUACACCACACCAUCAGAGUCUUCGACUCGGUCUGCGACUCCUCCAGCUACGCCUCCACAGGAUUUCAGAGCUCCAUCAGCACCAUUCACCAUGAAUCCAGCUGCAAUGGGCAGUGAGAUCAGCUUGGCAGAGACGGAGCGUACCGCCACAGUCGGAGGAGAACAAAAGGAAAAGGGAAAGAGAAGCUUGUUCAGGAUGAAAAACAUGUCCACGGAUAACAUCUCCUUGUCUUCUACAGUAUCAUCCGCGAGUAUGAUGAUCAGGAAAAUGGGCAGUAUAGGUAAACUUGCAAGAAGGAACAGCUUGAUGGGCAUAUCUCGGAUCUUCAAGGACAAACCUAAGGAAGGCGAAGAUGCAGCCUUACCUGAAAAGGAUGCGAAGAAGAAAAAGGAAAAGAAGAAUAAGAAGGGUAAAGGUGAAGCUGCACCUGCGGCUAUCUCUCAUGCGACCGCAGAAUCGGAUCGUCUAAAUGAGGACGAUGAUAGAGCUUUGGCUGGACUAUCGCCCGCUGCCAAGCUUGCUCGUCAGCAUACACUGAAAUCUAGAGCCGAAGCUACACACAAGGAUAUCUCGCCAAUAUCCGGUGGAACAGGUGAACCCACCUGGGAUCAGAAUACUACCACUCGACAAGCCCCUAAUGGAUCCCUGCCAUCUCUAGCAAGUGUUGGAGCAUCAAUGUCAAAUCCUAAUGGAUCAACCGCUCCUGAGGUAGUGCGCGUUCAUCACUCUCAGGCACCAACCGUAGUUCACGCUGUUGCGGUUACCGAUCAGGAAUACGACUCGGAAGAUGAUUCUUCUGAAGGUGAAACUGUUGAAGAUGUGACCAUGACUCUUGCGAAGACGAGAUUGUCCGCCGAGGCAGAUGCUGAAUUCCAAGCUACUUGGGGUAACGCAUGGAUAGACAGAGCCGCCAUACCUAAGAAAGGUAUCUUGAAGUCAAUUUCGUCAUACUCGAAAGAAGAUGAGGCAAAUGCCAAUCGACAAAGAUCGAACUCUGCCCAUCAUACCACAUUCAAAACGCCUCCUGGACCAUUGGCACAAUUGCCUUCGUCCAAUCCUGCUUUACUAGAUGGACUGGUUCAUCCCAGUCCUCAAGUUGAUCCUACUUAUGACCCUUUUUCGCCUUCAUUCUCACCAUUCGAUACUCCCGCACCACCUGUAUCGGCCAAUACAGAUUCAAUCUACGCCAACCCUUCACACAAUUCAUCUGCACCUGCUUUAUCGAUAUUGGGUCAUAAUGCUAUCCACAAACCACCUCAAACUAGAGCAAUGACUGCUCCGAUCAGAAGAAGGAUUGAUUGGGCACCUGAGUGUGCUGUGUACCAAACAUACGAUAGUGGUACAUAUGAUAGAAGGAGUGAACCUGCUACCUGUAAUAGGUUGACUCCUGAAUUAGCCAUGGCUAUCAAACAAGAGUUGAACGCCUUCAAACUGGAGAUGCCGGUACAUCCUUCGUCUAAGAAGUAUACGCAUUACUUUGCAUGGUGA